GAAAAUUUGGGAAAAAUAAAUUACAAAAAGUAAAAUGCAUUUGUGUUGGGUUUUUUGUUGUUGAAUCGGAUUCAACAAAUUGCCCAAAUUCCAAGUGAAAAUCAUCGAUAAAUGAAGAUUCACGUAAAUUAUUAAAAAUCCUUUGACUCCCGGCUCGCAGCGAACGUUAAAACGGGAUCGUUUGGAGGUCUUUGAAAUUUAUAAAGAGAAAAGAAAAUGCUGAAAUUUCAAAUACAGUCCAAAACGAUUGGGAAAUAAACGACGAUCGCCAACUGGAAAUGGUCUCUCAAUGCAAUUGCCCAUGCUAAAUAAGCAGUUAAUCCAAUCUAACGAUCGAUUAAUCGAUCUGUUGUGUGUGCGAAAAAGCAAAAUAAAGCAAAGAAAAUGCAAGAAAUCUAAUUGAAAAUCCAAAAUAUUCCGAAUCAAGUGAGAAAAUUCAAAUCAAAAAAGAAAAAAGAAAAAGUAUCUCGAAAAUGUGCGAGUGAACGAGUUGAAGAUAUCUAUUAAAAUCCGCCGUUAAGCAAAAGCUAUAGAGUUAAUGCUCUCUCGCAAAUCGGGAUAUUUGUUCAAUGGGAGGAGCGCGCCCAUUUAAAAUUAUGCGCCUCCACAACGGCAUACGAGAAAUGCUAUAUAGAUCGUGAUCGUAAACGAAACAUGGUACGCGACAGCAGCCGUAACAUUUGUUUUGGAAAAUUAGCCGAAACUACGCAGCAGCAACAACAACAAAUCGCCGUGGAUAGUAGCAGCAGCAACAACACCAAUAACAACAACAACAACAACAACAAUAAUAAUAACAAUAAUCAGAAACUACGCGAUACAUUAAAAAGGUCUACAGAAGAACCACCGACAAACAGCUUCGAAAGGAACUAUUACGAUCGCAGCCGCUUAGUCUAUCAAGCCAGCAACGCAGCAGCAGCAGUAGCGACAACUGCCAACAGCAACACAAACAGCAACAGUAACAGCAGCAGCGAUAGAUCGCGCGCUCGAGAUCGUCUUUACAGGAAUGGUUCAGCAGCAGCCGCAGCAGCAGCAACAGCAGCAGUUGGUGCGUCAGCUACGAGUAGCAACAGCAACACGACGACAACGACAGCAGCAACGGCAGCAGCUGCAGCGGGAGUGGGCGCGGUUGCAAUUGCAGCUGGAGCAGCGACAGCAGCAGGAGCAGGACAAGCAACUGCUGGUGCGGGAUUCGGAGUGGGUGGAUUUGGUGGUGGUGGUGGGCCACCAUUGGGCGAUCGGAGCAACAACAACAACAUCAUUAACCAAAACACACGCGUACCGCAGUCAUGGUACGAAGCUGCGGCUACUGCGACAGCGCAUCUGAAAAGUCCUGGUGGCAGUGGCAAUGCCGGCGUCUCAGCAGCUGGCAGCAUAAUGAGCUCACCGAUCAAUCAUCAUUCACAUCCACAUCAGCAUCAGCAUCAUCACUACAACAACACAUCCGCCUCGUAUUCAUCACCCGCCCACUCGCAUACGAUAGCAGCAGCGGCGGCGGCAGCCGCAGCAGCAGCAGCAGCGGCGUCCAUUACGACGGCCAUGCACCGGAGUGUGGCGUAUGCGGGCAGUGCUGCGGAUGAAGCAACAACCACUUUAAAUUCUGCCCGCAAAAUUCACCUGCACCACAACAACAACAGCAGCAGUGGCAGCAGCAGCAGCAACAGCAACAGCAGCAGUAGAAGUCCCGCUGCUGGUGGUGUCAGCAAACUAAAUAAGCUGCUCAAAACGACGGCAGCAGCGCGCUGCGGCUCCGAGUCGCCUUUGAGCGGUGCUGCGGCAGCGUCAGCGGCAGCAGCGACGACAAGUACAAUCACAAACAAUAGUUUUAGUAGUAAUAGUUUAAAUAAUACAAUAAACACGGCCACUCCAACGAUGCCAAUUGCAGCAACAGCAACAUCUUCAAGUGGCAACAGCAACAGCAACAGUGGCGACAUUUUAAAUGUUGCCGCUGCCGCGUUGGCCGCCGUCGUGGACAAUGGCAAUGCGACAACACAGAAUGUGAACGAUGGUCGAGCACCGCGACAUCAUUUGCAUGGACGCAGCACAACGUCGUCCAGUCGCUCCCAUUCACGAUCGCCGAGCAGUUAUAGCAGCUCGCACAGCUCAUCAUCGGCCUCAUCGCACACAUCGUCGCAUUCGCACGCGUCCAGCCCGAUAUCGGGCAAUUGUGCCGAUGCACUCGUUGGUGGCGUUGGUGGCAUUGCAGGAACAGCGCACCGCAGCUCACGCAGCUUGCAGUCCUGUGUGACAGUUGGCAGCAACUCUUCAAAUCCCAGUGGCAAUGUGGGCGGCGGGUGUGGUUCCAGUAGCAGCAGCAGCAGCAGUUCUAGCAGCAGCAGCAGCUCCUGUUUGGCCGCCAAUCCGGUGGUUCAUUCCGAAGAUAAUCGCCCGUUGGCGAUACGAGUCCGUAACCUGCCCGCCCGUUCCUCGGACACAUCCCUCAAGGAUGGUCUCUUUCACGAGUACAAAAAGCAUGGCAAAGUCACGUGGGUCAAGGUUGUGGGCCAGAAUUCGGAACGCUAUGCGCUCGUCUGCUUUAAGAAACCGGACGAUGUGGAGAAGGCACUGGAAGUGUCGCAUGAUAAACAUUUCUUUGGCUGUAAAAUCGAAGUGGAGCCCUAUCAGGGCUACGAUGUGGAGGACAAUGAGUUUCGUCCCUAUGAGGCCGAACUGGAUGAAUACCAUCCCAAGUCCACACGAACGCUAUUCAUUGGCAAUCUGGAGAAGGAUAUCACGGCGAGUGAGCUGCGUGUCCACUUCGAAAGCUUUGGCGAAAUCAUCGAGAUCGACAUCAAGAAGCAAGGACUCAAUGCCUACGCCUUUUGUCAGUAUUCGGACAUUGUGUCUGUGGUGAAAGCGAUGCGUAAAAUGGAUGGCGAGCAUUUGGGCAGCAAUCGCAUCAAGCUCGGCUUUGGCAAAUCGAUGCCAACGAAUUGCGUAUGGAUCGAUGGUGUGGGCGAAAAGGUGUCCGAGUCGUUUUUGCAAUCGCAAUUCACGCGCUUUGGCACUGUGACCAAGGUGAGCAUCGAUCGCAUGCGGCAAUUGGCUUUGGUGCUGUACGAUCAGGUGCAGAACGCUCAGGCGGCUGUCAAGGAAAUGCGCGGCACGAUAAUGCGUGGACGCAAGCUCCAAGUGGACUUUGCGUCGCACGAGUGCCAGGAUGCCUUCUAUGACAAGCUGGAGAAGCAGCAGCAACAGCAGCAACAACAACAGCCACUGCAGCAGCUGCAACCUCAACCGCAGCCACAACAGCCAACACAGCAGCCCAAUGCGGCAUCUGCCUCCUCGCGCUUUAAUCGCUACGAGUCAUCACAGACACGUUCGCGAGCCUCCUCCUUCAGUCGGCAUCAGAACUCGAACGAUGGUUGUUCGCCGGGCGGCAGUACGCCGGGCAGCAGCACCGCAACCACCGCCAGCAGCAGUAGCACCAGCAGCAGCAGCGGCAACGUCUCGGCCAGCAAUGCGAUGCCAGCGCCGAGUCUUGCCUCGGCAGUUGUGAGCGGCAACAGUGGAGGAGCAACCGCAGCGUUGUCCUCGACUGUGGGUUGCCCACAAAAUGCCAUGCCCAUGUCGCCGGCGGCGAUGGUGCAGGCGCGUAUGCGUAUGGCGCGCAAUGCGAGGCACACCAUCGACUUUGACUUCAACGAUACGGGUCGACGGUUUCGCAACUUUGACGAGCACGCGAGCAACAACAACAACAACAACGGCAGCAGUGGCAACAAUCAGAUGCAGGACGAGGAGGCGAACGCGGCGGUGCGCUCAGAUUCGCCCGUCAUUGCACGGCUCGGACCCGCUGUCAAUAGCAGCAGCGCCAGUGGGAGCGGGAGUGGCACUCCAAUCAGCGAUACGCUCGAGGUGACGCUGAACAACAGCGGAAACAGCAGUCGUCGUCGUUGUGGUAAGACAUCUGUAGAUUUGCGCCAUCAAGUGCACAAUCCACGUUUCCAAUUGCCAGAACAACAACAACAACUUGACGAGUGCCCGUCCAGUGGUGAUGAGGGCGUGGUCAGUCCGCGCAAGCGCAUCAAAAUGGAUUACCAUCAUCAUCAUCAUUCCAAUGCCAGUGCGCAACUGCAUAUGCUGGAUCAGAACAGCGACUCGUUGGCCUCUGGUCAUAGCAGCAGCAGCAACAGCAACACCAACAACAAGCCCAGUCCGCUGUCCAACUGUGAUGUAAUACAUGAUCCUCUCAAUCGCAAAAGCGAAAUUCGUCGCGUCUCGGAGGCGAAUAAGUUUGCUGCGAUCGCACCACCGCCCACACAACACCACAAUAUGAUGCUCAGCAGCCGGCGGCCAUCGAUCGAUGUUGGCGCCUUGACAGCGCUGUCCAAUUCGUCGGCCUUUCGCCACGGCUUGGUCGGCGCCAGCAGCAUGGAUCAGCAGCAUCUGAUGAAUGCUUCGCUGGCAGCGAAACGACGUCGAGUUACAGCCAGCACGCUGCAGCUGUCGCAGCCGCAGCCGCUGCAACAGCAGCAGUCAUCGUCGUCGUCGUCGUCAUCAUCGUUGUUGUUGUCCUCCUCAUCCGCCGCCGCCGCCGCCGGCAACAGCAAUAGCAGCAGCAACAGCUGUGGAUUACCACCUACGCUGGCAGCGCCCAUGCCCAAUGAUGACUAUCAUCAUCACGCGUCGCGUGGCCGGGGCCAUCAGCUACAUUCCCAUCACUCACACGAGGCCAGCGGGGGCGAGAGCGCCGACGGCUCACGGCCGGGCACGCCGCUGUGCGAUGAACGGCCAGAGGUGUUGCCCACAGAGCCGCGACGCCUGCCGCCGGCAAGGGAACGGACACGGGAGCGAGUGCGCGAAGUAAUGUGGCUGCCGUUGCCCAAAUUCGGUGUGCUCUUCUUUCAACAGCAGCGGAGUGCUGGCAGCAGCGGCAGUGGCGCGGGUAGCGGCGUGUCCAGCUACCUGCAGCAGCUGACGACGACAGCAUCGUUGCUCAACAACAACUCUAGUCUAAGUGCAGGAGCUGCGACGACAACCUCAGCAUCAUCAUCGUCAGCAACUGCGUCCAGUUUAUCGUUUCUGCCCUCACCCACGUUACGCUAUUGGCGCUCCUCCAAUCACCACCAUCACCAGCAUCACCAUCACCAUCAGCAGCAACAGCAGCAGCAGCAGCAACAACAACAGCUGCAGCAAUCCUCGUCGUCGUCCUCAUCGAUUGGCCUAAUGGCCAGUCCGGCGCGUCCUCGCUCGCUGAGCUCCAACUCAAGCGACUCGGAUGUGCCCAGUGGCCAGACGGGCGGCAGUCCCUCGUUGGAUGAGCGACUGCGCAACUUUGAGGAGAACUACGAGCGCUGGUCCGGUGGCAGCAGCAGCACCAAUCCCAACCAUGGCCAUGGCAGCCAUGGGCAUAGCAGCAGCAGCAGCAGCCAGUCGAAUGCGCUGCCCUCGUGGCAGCUGUCGAUGCACUCGACGAACCUCAGUGGUCUCAGCUCGUCGCAUCAGGCUGGUUCCGGCAACAGCAACAGCUCCAGCGGCACUGUCUCCAGCUCGACGAGCAAUUCGCGGCAUAAAUUUCUUGACAUUGACGAGCUGCAGCCGUCGGACAUUGUCAAAUCGCUGUUGGCCAAGAAGUCCGUCUUCGACGAUGACUUUCAGCGCCUCAAGAAGAACCAAUGGUACGAGCCGGCCAGCACGGAUUUCGGCACGGGCUCCACAAGCUCGGCGAAUGCGCGGCAUGGUGGGCUAUGCAGUGGUAAUACCUCACCAGCUUUGCCCAAUUUGGCGGCAACGAAGACAACGCCCAUCAUAGCCAACUGCAGCAGCAGCAGCAGCAGCAAUCUGGGCGGCAACAGCGCCGGCAGCAGCAGCAGCUGCAAGACAAGCGGUCUGCUGCAGCGAUUGAGUAGCUUGUCGCCCAUGAAUUCGCCGCAAGCGUCCAUGUCGCCUUACAACAGCCCGUCGCCGUCGCCCUCGGUCGUUGGUGUUCAGUUGGCCAAGCCCAGCUUGAGCAGCAGCUGCAACAGCAGCAGCAGUACAACAACAGCAGCAGCAACGACAGCGGCAGCAACAGCAACGGCGACAGCAGCAGCAGCCGCAACAGCAGCAGCUGCUACAAAGGGAUUGCAGUAUCCGUUUCCCAGUCACCCGCCAUUGCCAAACACCGCUGCACCGCCGCCGGCGAUACAACCGGCGCCGCCACCGCCACCGGAGGUGCCCAAGACAAAGUCAGCCACGUCCUCCUCUGCGGCCAGUCAACCGCUCAGCAAGAGUCUCAGUGUGCCAGCGGCAACGACAGAGACGCGAUCUGUGCUGCAGAAGUCCGCCUCAGUGCCGGGCAGCACGAAUGUGGGCACAACUGGGAGCAGCAGUGCAUCCUCUAACGGUAACAGUUCCUCAACAGCAACAGCCACACACGUACAAAAGCAAACGCCAAACCAUUCAUUGGAUGAAGUGGAGUCCAAGGGCAAUGCCAAGAGCUCAAGCUCAAGUGCAGCAAACGCCACGAGCUCCUCGGCGUCCAAGAAGAACAGCAGCAGCAGCGACAAGUCGCAUAGCAGCAAACACAAUAAUCGCUCCGAUUCGGAAAAGAAGUCCAAGAAGUCUUCCUCCUCCUCCUCCUCAUCGACCGCAAAUACAACUGCUUCGGAGAAGCGCAAGAAUUCGGCAACAUCGCAAUCCUCGAAGUCGGCAACGCCCAAAGUGGACGAUGAUUCCAGCGAUUCGGAUGAGCCACUAGAGAAGCCUGACAAGGAGCAAUCACAGCAACGUCUGGAGCGCGAGAAGGAGAAGGAGAAGGCGCAGCAUAAGGAGAGACAGGAGCGAGAGAAACGUGAGAAGGAGCUGCGCAAGCAACAGGAACGUGAGGAAAAAGAGCGCAAGGCCCAAGAGGAACGUGAGCGUGAAGAGCGCAAAGCCAAAGAAGAAAAGGAAAAGGAGCGAGAGCGAGAGCGUGAACGUGAACGUGAAAGGGAACGAGAACGGGAACGUGAACGAGAACGUGAGCGUGAGCGUGAACGUGAACGUGAAAGAAAAGCCCAAGAGGAGCGUGAGCAAAAGGAGCGCGAGGAGCUACGCGAAAAGGAGCAGCGUGAAAAAGAGCUACGCGAAAAGGAGCAGCGCGAAAAGGAGCAGCGUGAAAAGGAGCUACGCGAGAAGGAGCAACGUGAGCAGGAGGCGCGACAUGCGCGCAUGCGUGACAUGUGCGCCUAUCACAAAAAUAAAUCCGAUGCCAGCUCCGAGGCGAGCAGCUUCUACGCCCACAAUGCAGCCACGCCCAGUGAGAACAAUAAGGAAAAUGCUGCGGCCACUGACAUGGCAACACCACCAACAACAGCUACAGCAGCAGCUGGAGCAGGAGCAGCAAGUGUUGCUAGCUCAGCCCCAACUGAGAGCAACAGCAACAAGGAUCGUUCACGCAAAUCCUCGCGGAAUUCCCCAACGCCCAGCAGUGGACGACAGCACAAGCGACGCCUCAGCUCGCAGGACAGCAACCACAGCGGUGGUGGCGGUGCUGGUGGUGGACAGAAUCAUGAGGAUUAUGUGAAGCGCAUACGCAUGGAAAACCCGAACAGCAAUACGAGCAAUCCUCAUCAGCGACUCAGCGAUCGUCGUGACUCCAAGGAGCACAAGAACAGCAGCAGCAGCGGCGGCUGCAAGGAGGAGAAGAGCAGCUCCUCGUCCAAGUCGCAUGGCAACAGCAGCAGCAACAGCAGCUCCAAGCAUCAUCGACGCGACAAGCAUCACAGCAAAAGCACCAGCAGCACUGAGAUCAAUCAUACCGAAUUGGAUAACAAGCAGCAGCAACAACAGCAGCAGCAGCAGCAGCAACAACAGCAGCAGCAGCAACAACAGCAGCAGUUGCACACGCUCAACACCAGCGAGGAGGAGCAACAGCAGCCGUCCCAGUCGCAGCAGCAGCAGCAGCAAUCGCAGUCGCUGCAUAAGCAACGGGAGCAUCAUCAUCAUGGCAGCUCCUCGUCGUCGUCGCGGCACAAAAGCAAACGAGAUCACCAUCAUCAUCGCGAGAAGAAGCGGCAUUCGGUGGCCGAGUCCACCAAUACGGAUGAGGAGCCCAGCCACAAUCCGCACAGACGCAUCUCAGCAGCGGGUAGCUCUGCAGGCGAGCUUAGCUCGAACACAAAUACCUCCAGCAGCAAGUUGCAGCAUCAUCAACAGCAGCAGCAGCAGCAGCAACAGCAGCAUCAACAACAGCCGCAGCAGCAGCAAUCGCAUCAUCAUCAUCAUCAUCGGCGCAGCGUGGACCGCAAAUCGUCGCGUGGCUCAGAUGAGGGCGGCGCCUCCUCGAAGAGCGCUUCACAGCCGCGCAAGAUGAUGCUCAGCUCCGCUGAUUCGGAUGACACAGACGAUGCAUCCAAGAAGCAUUCCAUAUUUGAUAUACCCGACGAUUGUCCCAACGUAUCAAUGUACGAUAAAGUGAAGGCGCGCAGCUGCAAGAAUAUGCAGCGCCAGGCCGAGGAGAAGAAGAUCAAGGCCAAGUUCUCACAGCUGAAGCAGUCGCGUGCGAAAAAGAAGCGAUCCACCAGCUACGACGGAGACAGCGAUACGGAGUUCGAGGAUCGCAUGCAUCAUCGGCACAGCGGCAGCAGCAGCUUCCAUGGCCGCAAUCAUGGGGGCCUGAGCAGCAGUGACGAUGACAUGGAUGAUGCCGAUGGCUUUCGCAAGAGUUCGCACAGUCGCAUAUUCUCCGAUUCGGAUGCAGAUGGCGAGGUGGAUGCGGAGACUGAGGAUCUCAAUGCUAGCCGCCUGCGCCAGAUGCAACAGAAUCUUCGACGGCUGUGCGAUGGCGACGAUAGCUCCGAGGAUGAGAUUCGUCGCAAUGUGAUUAGCCACGCGGGCAAACGCAAUUGCCUUUCGACGCGCAUCGCCUCCGAUUCGGAGUCGCAGUCGCAGCCGGCACCGGAACUGAUCAACACCAGCAUCAAACAGGAGCCGGACAUCAAGCAGGAACAGAUCUCCGAUAACGAAGUGAAGUAUUCCAAAUCCCGUCACAAUUCGCACUCCUCCAACGAGGAGCGCAAACUGAAGACGGACUUCAAGAAGGAGUACAACGAGUACUUCAACACCGGCUACACGAACUAUGUGGGCGACAGCAGCUCGGCCAAGAUCAAGGAGUACUCUCCGGAGACGCGCAAGAAGCACAAGAAGAGCAAGAAGCGUCUCAAGUCCUCAGCCGAGAGCAGCGCCACCAUAAAUGUUGCUCCUGCCCCUGCUGCAACGAGCAGCAUCUUCGAUGUGACCGAAUGCAAGCCCAACAAAUUCGACAGCUUCGAUGAGCUGAAGACGGAGCCGGUGACAUUCGCCACUGCUUUGGAGGUAAACGCGAGCUCGGUGGCGGCCAGCGAGAGGCGGAAGCACAAGGAGCGCAAAGAGAAGAAACGCGAGAAGCUGCGCAACUUGAGCGACACCAACGCAGCCGGCGGCUCUGUGGAGCAAUUGAGCGAGAAGCUGUCCAAGGAGGAGCGACAUCGGCUGAAAAAGUCGAAGAAAUCCAAGAGCCUGGACACAUCAGCUCGAUUGUACAAUGUCAAUGCGUCCAAUGCCUCCCCACCGACGCCCACCACGUUGAGCACACCAGCGCGAGACUCUGCCAAGCGCAGUGAGGACAAAAUGGAGGACAUCUUUGGCAUUAUCUCCGAUGAGGAAGAGGACGAGGAGGAAUCCCAGUUGACUGACGAUCAGCCCGACACGACUAAGGCACAGCUCUCCACCACUGGACCCAUGGUGUCUGCUGCACUGCAAACGUACAAGCAGGAGCCGCCUCUGCUCAGCCACAACAGCAGCAACAAGGAGCCGGCGAUACAACAACAGCAGCAGCAGCAGCAGCAACUGCAACAGCUGCAGCAAGAGGAACUAGAAGUGGAGCGGAGUGAGCGCGAGCGACAUCGCAAAGAGAAGCGCGAAAAGAAGCGACGCGAGAAGUCAGCACGCGAGCCAAAGCAGCAGCAGCAACAGCAAAUGCAACAGCAACAACAGCAGCAGCAGCAACAACAGCAAAAUGCAAGCAAACUGGACGACGACAACAGCGUCGAUAUGGAUGAGGCGGGCCGUGCGUUGGAGGCGCAGCUUAUGGAGGACUUUGAUAGUAAUAAGAUGCCCGAAGAUGCCACGCCCUCCACAGCAACCACCUAUCGCAGCGAUAUGACGGACGUUUUCCGUUUCUCGGAUAACGAGGACAACAAUUCUAUCGAGCAGCAGCAGCAACAGUUGCAGCUGCACUCGCACUCGAGCGAAAAGCAGUUGGAGUCCAAGGAAUCGGUGCACAAGAGCAAGGACAAGAAGAAGAAGAAGAAGCGCUCCAAAGAGGAGAAACAAGAGAAACUCGACAAGCAGCAGCAGCAACAACAAUUGCAGCUCCGUCGCGAAUCAGCUUGCUUGCCACCAGCAACAGCUGCUGCACCAACAACAGCUACAGGUUCCUCGGUUAGCUCGCUGACUAUCAAUGUGCAGGCCGCCUCGAAGCAUGCCGAGGAGCAGCUGGAGAAGGAAUCGAAGCACAGUUCUCCACUCUGCAAGCCAUCGCCCAGUUUGCCUUGUCUCAUUGGCGACGACGAUGACGAGGAGCCACCCAUAACGAUGCCCGCCAUCAAGGCCUCGUCAGCCAGCAGCAGCAGCAACACGAACAGCAAGAGCAACCGGUUGAACUCCUCCGAUGCGCUCUCGCCGGCUCGUGAGAAGCCACGCCUGAUCAGUCCCAUACCAAAGACGCCCACCAUUAGCCAGAGCAACAGCUCCAUGCUGUCCACACAGUCAGCGGAAACGCCUGUCAGCAGUGGUGCUGCGCCUCUGGUCACCACGCCCACAUCCUCAACAGCGGCUGCUGCUGUUGAGUCGAAGAACUCCAUAGAGAGCAGCUCACCCACCAGUGCGGCUCUGAACAAGAAGAAGGAGGUGUUCAUACCGGGCUUUGAUGGUCAGCUGGACUAUAAAAUAAGCGAGUCGGCGGUGCAAUCCAUUUCGGCUGAGUUGAAUAGCGGACUGCUCGAUGUAUUGGCCAAUGAGCCCAAGAUACCAGUCGCAUCGCCACCGGGAGCUGUCAAGACGCUGGACAAGCUUGAGGACAGCAAGUCCCGAGUUACCAUCUCACAGGAGGAGACUGAGAGCGCUGUGUCCGCACUGCUCGGCGAAAGCUUUGGCACAUCCUCAACGGCAGACUACUCGCUGGAUGGCAUGGAUGAUAUGACCGCUACCGUUUCGGAGGUGGCUGUCGCCGAGCCCGAUGAGGAGGCAGCGCUUGCUGCCAAGGCGAUUGAGGCAGCCGUCGAAGAGGUUGCCACAGAGGCAGAGCCAGAGCCUGAGCCCGAGCCUGAACCCGAACCUGAACCGGAGCCAGUUGUCGUCUCUGUGGGCGUAGUGCUCGAUGCCGAGGAAGUGAACAAAGCGGUGCAGAGUUUGCGCAACGAGGACAUGGACAUCAAGGCGGACACGCCACAAUCCGAGCGCGACCUGCAAAUCGACACAGACACCGAGGAGAAUGCCGACGAGGCGGACAGCAGCGGUCCCAGCCUGAAGAUCGACGAGACCGCACCACAGAACAGUGGCUCCGACAAGUCAGCGUCGAGUGGUGCUGACAAGUCGCCUGAGCCGAGCAGCGAGUCCAGUGCACGCUCGAGGCAGACAGUCGAGACUCCGCAGCCCACCGUCAUAACCAAGCUGCCGACUCCGGUGCCAGUGCCGGCAACAGUUGCAGCCCCAUUGCUGCCCAAUCUGCUGAAGAUCGAGCCGCCAACCAUUAGCAAGUUGCAGCAGCCACUCGUGCAGCCAGUGCAAACGGUGCUCCCAGCACCGAUAGUUACUGCUGCCGCAGCUGUGCGACCGGCAACGCCCGUCAUCAAUUUGGAUCUGUCCAAUGUGAUGGCCAACUGCUCGACUGCAACAAGCAGCAACAGCUCAGCCUCGCUGUCCUUUGGCAGUCCAACAACGACGCAGAAAGCAAUGCCACUGGCUUCCACGCCCAAGCAGACGCCAGCAACAACACAGCAACAGCAUCAGCCAAUGCCACAGCGCACGCAGUCGCUCAUCAUGCAGCCGCCGACAAUAUCUAUACCGGAUCAAACGCCACAUUUUGUGGUGCCGCAUUUGAUAUUGUCGCCGCAGCAGCAACACCAACAGCAGCAGCAACAACAACAACAACAACAGCAGCAGCAACACCAACAGCAAGCGCCUCCUGGCACCUAUCUAAUGAGUAUACGUGCACCGUCGCCGCAUAGUCCGCUGUUGUCUCCGGGACGCGGCACGCCCAAUCGCCAGCAUAGUCCAGCUGCGCGCCAAAUAGCGCCAGCACAGCAACAACAUCCGCUGGCUUCGCCUACGGGCAACAGCAACAUGAACAUGAGUCCGUUGCCCAGUCCCACAGCGCGUGGAGUUGCCACAACCACGACAACAUCGCCCACAACAAGUGUCAAGAUGUCAACACCUAACAGCUACCUCCCACGUCCACCGCUGCAUCAGCAACAACAGCAACAACAACAGCAGCCGCAACACCCGCAACAACAUCAGCAACAGUCUUCACCGAGCAGCAUGCCCAAGUCUGUCAUUGAGUUGCAGUCAGGCGCAGGAGUUGCUGCUGGUCAAGGACCACAAUUGCUGCCGAUGCCGUUGCAGAAAAUGCCGCCGUUGCCCGUGCCGCAUCACCCGACAAUCAUUAGCAAGGUUGUCACCGUGCAGCCACAGCAGGCGAUCCAGACGCAAGUGGCCAGCUCGCCGCCCAUGGGUAGCUUGCCGCCGCAUAAGAAUUUGCAUGUGAAUGCCCAACAACAUCAGCAACAGCAGCAGCAGCAACUGUCUCCUCAAAUGUUGUCUAAGAUGAACGUGCAUCAGCAACAGCAGCAGCAGCAUCAACAACAGAUGCAGAAGUUCAUCCAUGCACAUCAACAACAACAAAUGCUCGACCGCAAGCCACAGCGACAGCAGCUUGUGCCGCAACAGCACCAACAGAUGCAUCCGCAGCAGCACCAGCAACCACAACAGCAACAACAACAGUCGCUCAAUGUUAUACAGAGCGCGCCAGCAGCACAAAAAAUAAUUGUGCAGCAGCAAAUUGUGCCGGCACCAACAUCUAUACACUAUCCGCCGCCACCGAAGGAGACGGCGCCUGCUGUAGAGUCGCCCGUGUUGCCGGUGAAGACUUCGGAGAGCGUUUCCGUAAUACGUACGCCCACGCCCACCAUCAGCCUGGCCAACUCGCCACAGGCAACAAAGGUUGCAGCAGCAGCAGCGGCGGCAGCAGCAGCAGCUGCUUCUCUGCUUACCGAGGAGAAUGUCAUCAAGAUCUCACAGCCCAAGCAGGAUGAGCUAAUCGAGCAGGACUCGAAGGAGGUGGACAGCGACUACUGGUCCGCCAAGGAGGUGAAUAUUGAUAGUGUCAUCAAGAAGCUUGAUCCGGCAACAGCAGCUGCAGCUGUUGCAGCCGCAGCUAUCAAGGACGACAACCAGAACAAACGAGCAGCAACACAAUUGCAGCAGCAGCAACAACAACAACAGCAACCACCUGUAACUGAAUUGCCCUCAGCUGAAACAACACCUUCGUUGCCCAGUGAGCCGCCAGCAACAGCAGCAGCUGUAGCUGCAGCAUCAACAACACCAACAGUUGCUGCCAAUGUCAGCUCCAAUGAUCAUGACACCGAGGAUGAAACCGAAACACGUCAACUCACAGUGAAGGCUCUCAAGCAACUAGGUCGACCGCCAAGCGCGCGUGGCACGGCAGCAAAACGCGGACGCCAGCCACGCGGUGCCAAGGCCAAACAAGCUGCCGGAUUGCCACCAGCAGCUACGGAGCCCAGUUCGUUGCUGACGCCGGGCGACAACGGUGUACACACACGCCUGCGCAAGCCUGUGACGGCGCCAGUGACACGUGGACGCAAGGGCAGACCGCCACGGAACUUGUUGCUACAGCAACAGCAGCUGCAACAGCAACAGCUGGCACAACAGCAACAGCUGGCACAGCAGCAACAGCAGCAGAAGGAGCCUGUGCCGCCUGCACUUAUGGCAAUGCCUGUGCCCACAGCCGCUGAGAAGAAGGCCAGGAAUCAGGCAUUGACACAAGCCAGCGGAUCCAGUCAGGAUAUAUACGAGUUCCAUGACGAUGUUGGCGAUGCUGAGCCCAAGAUAAAGGCAACUCCAGUUGUUGCCACAGCGGCAGCAGCUGCUGCCGAUGACCCGCGACCGCGACUCAUACUGACCAUCAACAAGCUGAAGAAUAGCAGCGAACUGGAGAGUCAAGCGGAAGCGACACAGCCACAGCAACAACAGCAACAACAGCAGCAGCAGCAGCAGCAACCACAGCUGGAGCACAACACGGACAGCUCGGAGUCGUGCAACACGCGUAAGUCACGUCGGCUGCAAGAGAAGGAGGAUCGUAGCACUGUGGACGAUAUUAUAGAGGACGUAGUGCGCAACACCAAUACACAGCAGCAGCAACAACUUCAGCAGCAAUUGCAACAACAGCAGCAGCAACAACCACAACAACAGCAGCCGCAGCAACAAUUGCCCAAAGGAGCGCAAACGCCACCUCGACGCUCCGGUCGCCAUGCCCAGGCUAAGAAGCCAGAUGCUGUACAAACGCCGAAUGCGGUGGGCAGGCCGCGACGCUCCAAGGAACGCAAGACCAUAUGUGAGCCACCAGCUGGCUUGCAGGAGGAGCCCACCAGCAGCACAGCAACCGCAGCAGCAGCUUCAGUCGCACCGCCGCACGUUACCCAUGUGCCCGAGGUUAAGGAAGCACCGCCAGCUCCUCCUGUCCAGACGAUUGCACCAACACCCGCAGAGCCAUUGCCAUUGCCGCCUGUUGUGGUGUCAAAGCCCACGCCGCAGCAUCCCAAGAAGAAGGCGAUUGCAGCAGCCGAAAUUGAAUCCUAUCAGGCCAUCAAUUCGUCCAUGCCGCCCAUGCAUCAAACAGCCGCUCCGGCGGCCACGCAGAAGAUCACAGGCGGCGCCGCAGAUGCGGUGAGCAAGGCGCUAAUCGAUCCGGUUACGGGCGUCAUUACGGCGGGCAUGCCGCAGGGCAAGGAGGGCAAUUUGCCGGCUGCCAAUGCAGCGGCGCCAGCUAACAGCAGCAAUGAGGUGACGCCACUGCAGCAACAGCAGCAGCAACAUCAGCAGCAGCAGCUGCAACAGCAACAACAGCAGCAACAGCUGCAGAUCAGCGCCACAGUCAUAGCGCCUGCCACGCCCAUAACAACGCUGAGCAAGCCUGUGCAGUUGCAAGUGCAAGAGGCAGCGGCCACAUUGCUCAACAAGCCGGUCAGUGUGCUGGUCAAGAGUAAUGCCCCGCCCACACAGCCGACGCAAAUAAUACUGCAGCAACAGCAGCAGCAGCCGCAACAACAACAACAGCAGCUACAGCAGUUACCUCCGCAGCCACAACAACAACAUGUUCCGGCUAACAAGCAGCCGCUGGUGAUGACAACCGUGUUGCAGCACGCACAGCAUACAACGGUGCGUCCACCGCAACCACUGAAAGCGCACGUGCUCAAUCGCGAAAAGAAUCUGCAACAGCAGCAACAACAACAACAGCAGCAGCAGCAGCAAUUGACACCCAGCAAACAGCAUCAGCAACCGCCUCAUCCCGGUCACAUGUUGCUCACAGAUGCAGCCGGCAAUCAGCAACUGUUGCAGCCGAAUCUCAUUACGCGCCACAUGCUUGGCCAACAACAACAGGCACAGCAGCAGCAGCCGGGACAACAGCAGCAACAACAUUUGCUGGUCAAUAUACCACCGCCAACAGCGCAUUCACCACACUCGCCACGCAUUACAGCAGCUCAGCAUGUGCAACAGUCGCAGCAGCAGCCACCCAAUGGACCACAGCAGCAACAGCAACAGACGCUGGUCAUCAAGCAGGCCACAGCAACAGCAUCAACUGUGCAUCCCCAGAUACUGCAUGUGGUAAGCUCGAAGGCUUCAGUGUUGCCCGCACCACAGCAGCAACAGCAGCAGCAACAACAACAACAACAGCCGCCGCAACUACUGGCGAAACAGAACUUUGGCUAUGCGCAGCAGGCGCCAGCACAGCAGCAGCAAGCACAGCAACUGUACAAGCAGAAGGCACCGCAGCCGGUGGUGCAGAUGCCACCGCACAAUCUACUGCUUCCCGCGCAUGCUAAUCUGCUGUUGCAGCCAAAGCCAGCGGCGCAUUUGCAGCCACAGCAACAUCAGCUGACCCCAUCGCCACCGCCAAACAAGCCCAUUUCAGUGGUGCACAGUCUGCAGGCGGUGAGCCAGAUGUUGCCCGGCAGCGUGGGCAGUCCGCCGCCAAUGAAGCCAGGCCAACAGCAACCCAAUGCGGCAGCAGUUUUGCGUACGGCCAUUCCAAACAUCAGUCCGCAGGGACAGCCGCGUGUUCCGCCGCUGGUAUUGCCAUCGGGCAUGCCAGGCGUGCCACCCUUCGACGCCAGCAUGCAUGACCUGGGCGCCUAUGUCAGCGGUCGGCGCACACAGAGUCCACCGCCAGCGCAUCAGCAGGCAUCGCCCAUAACACCGAACGACACGGCCUAUCGUGGUAUGACUGCAAUGCUAUAUCAACAUCACAUGAUGCGCAGCGGGGACUAUGAUGACAAGAUGAUCAGCAGCAGUCCGCCCUUGGAGUUGCGUCGUCCAGGCAGUGGCCCGCCACGCACCAUUGCCGUGCCGCACAGUCUUCAAAGUCCACAGGAUCGCACCGCAGCGGACUCCCCGCAAAUGGCCCAAGUCUAUGUGCACAACGCUCGGAUACCCCACGCCCACUUCAGCGAGAUGGCCACACGUGGCGGGUACUACGAGAGUAGCAGUAUACAGUUGGAGCCACCGCCGGCGCAUCGUGCUGCGGCGUCGAUUAGUGUGGUGGUGCCGCCACCGCCUAAUGUCGCAAGCGCUAGUCCGUACAUCAGUGGCGGUGCCUCUGUCUCGGUGUCCGUGCAGCCAGGUCCUCAUAGUCUACAUCCCAGCCAGGCCAAGCUAUUGGAGCGUGAGCGCGAGCAGCGUGAACGCGAAAGGGAGAACGAACGCCUGUCCAUGGUAGCAGCAGUUGCCAAACAACAGCAGGAACAUCUGUCAGCCUCGGUUAUGCACGGCGGCAUGGAGCUGCCUGCUCAGCCACCACCGGCCGCGAUGGCGCCACCGCCGGGUGACUCACUGGUCACACUGUUGCAGCGGUAUCCGGUCAUGUGGCAAGGCCUGUUGGCCUUGAAGACAGACCAGGCGGCUGUUCAGAUGCACUUUGUGCACGGCAAUCCAAACGUGGCGCGUGCUUCGCUGCCCAGCAUGACGGAGACCAGCACGCCCCAAUUGCGCAUUGCGCAGCGUAUGCGACUCGAACAGACUCAGCUAGAGGGCGUGGCCAAGAAGAUGCAGGUGGACAAAGAGCAUUGUAUGCUAUUGGCGUUGCCUUGUGGCCGCGAUCACGCAGAUGUGCUGCAGCAUUCACGGAAUCUGCAGACCGGCUUCAUUACAUAUCUGCAGCAAAAGAUGGCCGCUGGAAUUGUGAAUAUACCCAUGCCGGGAAGCGAUCAGGCAGCAUAUGUGGUGCAUAUAUUCCCCGCCUGUGAUUUUGCCAAUGAGAAUCUGGAGCGUGCUGCGCCCGAUCUCAAAAAUCGUGUUGCCGAACUGGCUCAUCUAUUGAUUGUCAUUGCCACCGUAUAAAAAACGAAGGCGUUCAUCCUCUGAUCUACAAAAAAACAACACAAAUGUGACUUUUAGAAAA